AUGGCUAUGACUCAGCAGCCGGCGCUGCUGAGGACGGAGCAGGUCCCUCCGCAGGAGAGAUGCGGCUCCAGGACCAGGAUCAGCCCACCCACGUCACGCUGCGGUCCGGCCCGGGCCCUCUGUGAGGUCCAGACCUGCAGCAGGACUCGGGCUCACGCUCUCGCCCCUCUGGUGCGACCUGAAGCAGCGGGUCACGUGACUCCUGGAGCGGUCCUCAGACUCUCCCCUCCGUCUGUGGGCUGCUCCGAGCGUCUCUACAGUCAGGAACCGACCGAGCGCUGCUCGCGGCUGCUGCCGCUGCUGCUGGAGAGACGCGAUCUCCGCGAUUGUCGGCGGACGGCAGCGCCGCCUGUCACGGGACGGUACCUGGACAGACUCGUCCAAGCCUCGGGGCGGAGGGCGCCGGGGCCCCGGAGCCGCCCGGGGCCGGGCCCUCGGCUGGCUCCUGACAGCCAGGGCCCCUUCCAGCGCUCGCAGGGGUUUGUGGAGUUCUCCCAGAGGAUCCAGCAGGGCUUCACCACCAAGUACAAGAUUUACAGGGACUUUGGCCGCUGGACGGUCAGCAGCUUGGCUCUGGAGCGACAGGAGAACAGCGGCGUGUCGCUGCCCCUGGAGCCCGACUUCCUGCGGAGCAUCAGGCACCUGGGCCGGAGACCCAGCGCCGCCUCCAUCACCCACAACAUCAUCAGGAAGUACGGGACCCACUUCCUGCAGUCGGCCACUCUGGGAGGGGAGGAGUCGCUGACCAUCUUUGUGGACAGGCGCAAGUUGACUGGAGCGUCGGAGGCCAGCAGCGCCUGGUCUGGGAACUCCUCCGUGUCCCUGGAGUCUCUGCACCAACUGGCUGCCUCCUACUUCAUCGACAGAGAGAGCACCCUGCGCACGCUGCACCGCCUCCAGAUCACCUCCUCCGCCGUCAAGGUGAUGGAAACCAGGACGGGUCCUCUCGGGUGCAGCAACUAUGACAACCUGGACUCGGUCAGCUCUGUCCUGGUCCAGAGCCCUGAAAACAAGAUGCAGCUGCGAGGCCUCCAGGAGCUACUGCCGCAGCACCUGCGGAGCCGCUUCGUCCAGGCGGCUCUCAACUACCUGGGCUGCGGAGAGGAGGGUCACUUCCUGUGCCGCCACCACGACUGCUGGUGUCGGUGCUCGGCCGAGGCCCCGCGCUGCAACUGUCCGGAGGAGGAGCUGAGGGCCCUGGAGGCCAGCUUGGUCCGGAUCCGGGGCUCCUGGGCCGCAGCCAACCAGGACUUCGAGGAGUCAGAGGAGUUCCAGGGUCUGCUCCGGCGACUGCCCACCUUCUACGCCCUCAACACGUCCGGCGUGACGCACCUGUGGAGGACGGACGCCGCGCUGGUGCAGCGCUACAAGCAGCUGCAGCUCAGCGGCCGCGCGCUGCGCAGCAGAGCUCAACGCCUCGUGCGGCAGCUCUUCACCCUCAGCCGCAGGUGCAGGAGCUCACCCCGGACCCUGGAGCUGAGGGAGAGGCCCUUCAGCUUCUGGCCCGGCUACAUCUUGUCCAUCCUGUACUGCAGCCAGGACGCCCACCUGGGCGUCUACCUGGAGCCCAGCCGCCGCUGCAGCUGCCCCUCCCAGCGCUCGCCCUGCCAGGGCCUGCUGCCCUGCGCCGUGGGCCCCGGCGCUGCCUGCGCCUCCUGCUCCCCGGAGAACCGCACCCGCUGCGCCAGCUGCAACCACGGCUACAUGCUGAGUCAGGGCGCCUGCCGCCACCAGGUGGCGGACUCCACCGAGCGCUACGUCGGCCUGGAGCCGCGGCUGCGGGACCCGGAGCUGCGGCUGCUGCUGCAGAGGCGCGAGCGCCGUCUCGUCCUGGACGCCGUCUUCAUCAGCAACGACGUGAGGCUCGACAGCUGGUUCGACCCGGCGUGGAGGAAGAGGAUGCUGCUGACGCUGAGGAGCAACAAGUCCAAGUCCAAGCAGGUGCACAUGCUGCUGGGGGUCUCCCUGCAGCUCUGCCGGACCCCCAACAGCACGCUGGAGCCGGCGCUGGCCCUCUACAUCAACCCCUUCGGCGGGAGCCACUCGGAGAGCUGGCUCAUGCCGCUGGGCCGGGACCGCUACCCGGACUGGGAGAGGACUCCGCUGGACCUGCCCUUCCACUGCUCCAACUGGACCCUGAGGCUGGGUGGCAGGUGGAAGACCUUCGUGGAGACGCUCCACGUCCACCUGCGCGGCCGGGUCACAGGAGACGGGUCGGUCUAUCAGGAGCCCCUGGAGCCGCCCGCCAACCGGGGCUACAUGAAGCUCGCCGGGGUCCAAGUCUUCGGCUAUAGCGUGCACUUGGACCCGGACGCCAUCCGGGACCUGAUCCUGCAGCUGGACUACCCGCACACCCGGGGCUCUCAGGACUCUGCCCUGCUGCAGCUGCUGGAGAUCCGGGAGCGGGUCAACCGGCUGUCGCCGCCCGGGCCGCAGAGGCUGGACCUGUUCUGCUGCCUGCUGCGCCACCGGCUCAAACUGUCCAGUGGCGAGGUGGGCCGCAUCCAGGGGGCGCUGCGGGCCUUCAGCUCGCACCUGCCCGGCGCCGUGGAGGACCAGGCCGCCAGGCUGUGCAGCUAGGCAGCGCCUCCUGCUGGUGGGGAGCCAGCCUCGUUGGUCCCUCCUCCGUCUGACUUGGUUCUGCCAGGCUGAAGGUCGAUUGUCGUCGAGUCUCUCCUGACUCGUGGCGUCACGUGUGCGGCUCUGAGGAGCGAGAAGCGGCGGGAGUGCGUGGACCGGUGGCUCCGCCCAUCGCUCACCCUCAGCUGCAUCACCUCAAAGCUCUUCUAGGUGUUUUGCACCGCGGAAGCGCCAUCGAGUCGCGACUCCACGUGCUUUUGUUUUUUAUGAUCCAAGUCAGCACUGUCCAAGUCAGAGGCUCUGUUGAAGCACCAAAUAAAGGUCCAUACGUGCAGCCUGCCUCCUUCCUGUGUCGCCCGUGUCCUUGGACCAAGAGUCACAGCACCCCCUGGCUCAUGCUAGCCAUUAGCAUCUUGCUGCUCUGACUCCUCCCUGCUGUUUCAGAGUCUUCCAACAUGAGUCAGCGCCACGUCGGUGACUCACGCAAUUCACAGGUCUGUGGAGCACAGAUGCGAGGUGACACGUCGGUGCAGUGGCAUGAGCCAGUAAGGAACAAUGACACCAAGGGUGGAGUCUCAGCAGGAGUCUGAGGUCCCACAACAGGAGACUCAAGUUUGGUCUCAGAAUGAGAAAAUUCCUCGUGAAGGGAAGAGA